AUGGUAAUGAACAACCAAACUGUCGUCUCCCAGUUUCUCCUCCUGGGCCUGCACAUCCCACCAGAUCACCAGCACCUGUUCUAUGUCCUGUUCCUGGUCAUGUACCUCACUACCGUCUUGGGAAAUCUCCUUAUCAUCAUCCUCAUUCUACUGGACUCCCAUCUCCACACACCCAUGUACUUGUUUCUCAGCAACUUGUCCUUCUCUGACCUCUGCUUCUCCUCUGUCACAAUGCCCAAAUUGUUAGACAGCAUGCAGAGACAUGACCCAUCCAUCCCCUAUGCAGGCUGCCUGACACAAAUGUACUUUUUAAUGGUUUUUGGAGAUAUGGAGAGUUUCCUUCUUGUGAUCAUGGCCUAUGACCGCUAUGUGGCCAUCUGUUACCCACUUCAUUACACAAGUAUAAUGAACCCCAGGCUCUGUGUAUAUCUGGUAGUGCUGUCCUGGGCACUUACUGUACUGUAUUCCAUGUUACACACCUUACUCCUUGCAAGAUUGUCAUUCUGUGAGGACAAUGUGGUCCCCCAGUUUUUCUGUGACAUAUCUGCCCUGCUCAAGUUGGCAUGCUCUGACAUUUAUAUUAAUGAACUAAUGAUAUUUAUCUUGGGAGGACUUGUUAUUGUCAUCCCAUUCUUUCUCAUUGUUGUUUCCUAUGUACAAAUUGUCUCCUCCAUCCUAAGGGUUUCUUCUGCUCAGGUUGUCUACAAGGUCUUCUCCACUUGUGGCUCCCACCUGUCUGUGGUCUCCCUGUUCUAUGGGACAAUUAUUGGUCUCUACCUAUGUCCAUCAACUAAUAACUCUACUGUGAAGGAGACUGUCAUGGCCAUGAUGUAUACAGUGGUGACUCCCAUGCUGAAUCCCUUCAUCUAUAGCUUGAGGAACAGAGAUAUGAAAGAAGCCCUGAUAAGUGUUCUUUGCAAGAAAAAAAUGUCCUUAUAG